AGCCCGCUCACCUUGCCCACAUGCACAGUUCCGAGUAGAGACCAGUCACUGCACUGUGAUCUGACUGCAGAAACAAACCUUGGCUUGGAUUUUUGAAGUGGGUCGAAGGUGAGCUGAGGGGAAAGCAAGAAGAAUUUUGGAUCAGGAGUCCAAAAUUCACCCCGGAAGAUGUAUUCGUAAUCCCUCGCGAAAGCUUGAUUUGGCCAUCUGGCUUCCACAUUUCCAUCCUCUGCCUACGGGAUACAUCGUGAUGAGUCUCCCAACCGCCGUUCGGGUAGGCGUGCAAUUUUCAUUCUGCGCUUUAGUCAUCUCUACGAUUAGCGUCUCUGGAAGCGGAGCAGAAGCGAUACCUAAACAUGAUACGAGCGAAUGGAUUGGUGCCUCGUACACUCCUUCAUCGGCUAGCAACUCAUUGUGGUGGUGGAACUAUUCUCAUCACGAAGACGAGGUGAAGAGAGAGCUGAGCUGGGCACGUCAGCAGUUUGGUUUCACUGCACUGCGUAUGUUUCUGCACAGUAUGGUGUAUGAAGGUGAUAACGGCACAACUCUGAUCGAGGCCAUCAGCAGGUUUCUCCUGGUUGCAGAUUCAAACAAUAUUGGCGUGGGUUUUGUUUUCUUUGACGACUGCUGGUCCACGUCGGGAGCAAAUCUGUCCAGCCCAUGUCAGCCGGUGAAAGGUCGUCACAACGGCUGUUGGAAGACCUCCCCACAAGCAAAGGAUCGCACAACAGUGGAUAGAUACCAGCCGUAUGUGAGCAACGUUGCCAGCAAGUUCAAAGAUGACAAGAGAGUGCUGUGGUGGGAAAUAUACAACGAACCUCACACCACACUUGCUCCCAAGGGCUACUCGAUUGCACUACGACAAGCGGCAUACACCUGGCUGAAGAAGAGCAAUGUGUCACAGCCUGUACUCAGCUGCUGGGAUGACAACAACGACACGGACAUUGUCGAUACACACCACUACUCAUCAGACUUUACCGGCUGGACCAGUGCGGUGUACUCCAAUCCCGACAAGGGUGCUGUAGUGACCGAGGCUGGUUCUCGGUGGUACCAGGGCUAUCCCAGCGACAGUGGAUCAACACUGAUGGUGGUCACGUGGCUGCAAGCACUCAGGCAGCUGCAUGCCAACUGGCUUGCGGGCAAGGAGCCGUGCUCAGUGGCCGGGCACAAUGUGACGUUUGUACCGGGAGCAAUGAUAAGCUGGGAGCUGAUGGUUGGCAACAGUAAUACACGUUGGCACUGGAACACUAAAGAUGGCAGCCCAGAGCCAGCUAUUCCGUGGGACGCUCAUCUAUUUCCCGACGGCACGCCAGUAUCGCUUACCGAAGCCGCGGCCCUGCGGAACCUGACAACGGAGCAGGAUGAGUUUCUCUACUACAACACGUCGCUGCCCGUGUCUGCAAUGCUCACGCAGGACUCCUAUCUCAACAUGACGGUGAAGUACGAGUACAUACCAUGGAUUGCCGGCUUGAAAGCACCGAUGACCGACGCCGUGGCGGAGGCGGCCAUCUGGGUCGGAGAGAAGGCCAACACGGCCGGACUGAUCAUGCGCCAGCGCUGGACAGUCAAGAGCACCCAGGCGGGCUACUAUGUCGGUGUCAACGUGGGCAGCAAGACAUUGAGUGUAGCACGCUGGACUCCAAACCACAGCCCCCUGCUCGGCACGUAUGACUUGUCCAAGAGAGAGAACGGGCUGAUCCUGAACGGCUGGAACCUGCUCAGGGUUGCUAUUGUGGGAAACAUAACGUCCGUAUGGUUCAACCCGGCGCAUUCUGAUGCUGUAAGCGAAGAUGGCUCGCCGCAGCCAAUCAAACCGCUCAUUGUUGCCGGUGAUGUCCCAGAUGACCCGGAAUACAUUCCAUCCGGUGAUCUGGGACUCAUCACGCUCGAUGAAAAUAUGAAAGUGGAUUAUGUCAGUGUUCUCCCCAUUUCGGCUCUGCCGCCAUCUGUCCUAGCACGAACCAACAGUUAGGGGUCAGAGACUCUCUCUCUCUCUCUCUCUCUCUCUCUCUCUCUCUCUCUCUCUCUCUCUCUCUCUCUCUCUCUCUCUCUCUCUCUCUCUCUCUCUCUCUCUCUCUCUCUCUCUCUCUCUCUCUCUCUCUCUCUCUCUCUCUCUCUCUCUCUCUCUCUCUCUCUCUCUCUCUCUCUCCAUGCUUCAUACGAGGUUCUUCAGCACAAUGCUGGAUACAUAUAUACUAUAAAGAAGAGGCACCUGUGACGUGUGUUUGUCUGUGUGUUACGCAGAAGCGCUGCCCUGAGCACGCGAAGCGUGCGAACAGUGUAGCUAGCGGCCGCAGAAGCACUGAGCACGCGAAGCGUGCGAAUCGUGUAGCCACCACCACGUGCUGAGCACGUGUGCUGUUCAUGUACUUGCUUCACCCGCAUGCCACGUUCGGCCAGGCAACGCUGGCCGGGUGCUGCUAGUAGUGCAUAAAGCCAAAGUGUAUUUUUUAAUCGAACACACACCAGCAGAGACCAGUUGAGCUUGUGAAUGUCACCGCCA